AUAAAUCCCUGACUUGAACCAUGUCAAUGAGAAUGCUUGGAUCCCUGAAUUCUGGUGUGUUGUUAAUUCUUGUCAUGGUGACAACAUCACUAGCCCAAUCCAAUCCCUAUGUUCUUGACACAAACGGUGAACCCAUAGAAAGUGAUGAAGAAUAUUACAUAAGGCCAGCCAUAACAGACAAUGGAGGGCGUUUCACCUUGAUCAAUAGAAACGGGUCAUGCCCUUUGUACGUUGGUCUUGAAAACACCGAUUUGCCACAAGGCUUGCCAGUGAAGUUCACCCCAUUUAGCAAAAACGAAGAUGAAGAUGAAGAUGAUGUGAGGGUGAAUAGGGACUUUAGAGUGGCAUUUGAUGCUUCCUCAACAUGCGUGCAAUCCACUGAAUGGAGAUUGGGUGAGAAUGACACACGAAGUGGAAGAAGGCUAAUUAUCACUGGCCAAGACGAUGGAAGAGGAUCAUACGGUAACUAUUUUAGAAUUGUGCAAACACAAACCUCUGGUAUCUAUAAUAUUCGUUGGUGUCCCACAGAAGUUUGCCCCACUUGUAGAUUUAUUUGUGGAACUGCUGGGAUUUUGCGUGAGAAUGGAAGGAUUAUUUUGGCCUUGGAUGGGUCUCAGCUCCCAGUAAUCUUCCAGAAAAAAGAUUAA